AUGGCUGAGGAGGUGCUGGCCCUGCGAGAGCAGCUGGUGGCCGAGGCCACUUGCCCGUUGUGCCUGGAUGUGUUCGAGCAGCCCGUGCUGACGGCGUGCGGGCACAGCUUCUGCGGGACGUGCCUGGCGGGCGUGCUGGGGGACCCGCCGCGCCCCGCCGCCUGCCCGCAGUGCCGCGCCCCGCUGGAGCCGGGCUCGCAGCGCCCCAUCCGCUCCCUGGGCAACAUGGCCGGGCUGGCCCGGGCCCUGGAGGAGGUGGCGGCGCGGCCGCGGUGCCCCCAGCACGGCAAGGCCCUGGCGCUGUUCUGCGAGCCCUGCGCCGCCCUGCUCUGCGCGCCCUGCCGGGACGGGCCCGAGCACCGCCGGCACCGUGUCCGCCCCGCCGAAGAGGCCGCCCGGGAGCUGCGGGAGACACUCCAGAGAAACCUGCUAUUUCUACAAAAGCAGAAGGAAAAAUUGAAGAGCACAGGAGACCAGAAAAGUCUAGUCCUGCAGGUGACAGUGAGGUCGGAGUUGCAGCGUGUGACUGAGAGCUUUGAGGAGCUGCAGCAGUGCCUGGAGGAGCAGAAGAAGGCCCUGCUGGGCCAGCUGGAGCAGAUGUCCCAGGAGCUGGUGAAUAAGAGCGAGGAAUACACGUCCAGGGUCUUGGAGAGGCAGUCGCUGCUGGACACGGUGAUAGCGCAGAUCCAGGAGAAGCGGGACCAGCCGGGGGUCGAGUUCCUCCAGGAUGUUGGCAGAAUCCUGAGCAGCUGUGAGGCAGCCAAGGCCCCGAUCCCAGAGCCAGUUUCCCCAGAGCUGCAGAAGAGCAUUCAGAGCCUCACUUGGAGGAGCCAGCAGGUCGUGGACAUGGUGGAUAAAUUCAGAGUGAGCCUGCAGAGCGAGAUAGACUGGGGCAUAAGGGAGCGGGUGCGGCUGGACCCAGAGACGGCGUAUGCCGACCUGAUCCUCUCGCAGGACUGCAAAAGGGUCUGGUUCAAACCUCAAGAACAAAACCUCCCUGACACCCCCAAGAGGUUCACGGGCAGCUUCAGUGUCUUGGGCACCCAGGGGUUCACAUCUGGGAGGCAUUACUGGGAGGUGGAGGUUGGGGAAGACGGCUGGUGGUCCCUGGGGGUGGCCCUGGAGUCCGUGCAGAGGAAGGAGCUGCUCAACCUGCCCAGAUCUGAGAAUGUCUGGGGGCUGCUAAUGUACCCAGAUGGCCAGUACAGUUCAAUCUGCAUGACCUCUGAGGUGCUGGCACUGAAGGAAAACCUCCAGAGAAUCAGGGUCUGCCUGGACUAUGAAAUGGGCCGAGUGACUUUCUACAACGCAAAGGACCUGACGCAGAUCUUGCAGUUGGAGGCCACCUUCACUGAGAAAGUCUUCCCAUAUUUUUGGAUCUGCUCAGAAGAUACCUACAUCCAGGAGACACUCCAGAGAAACCUGCUAUUUCUACAAAAGCAGAAGGAAAAAUUGAAGAGCACAGGAGACCAGAAAAGUCUAGUCCUGCAGGUGACAGUGAGGUCAGAGUUGCAGCGUGUGACUGAGAGCUUUGAGGAGCUGCAGCAGUGCCUGGAGGAGCAGAAGAAGGCCCUGCUGGGCCAGCUGGAGCAGAUGUCCCAGGAGCUGGUGAAUAAGAGCGAGGAAUACACGUCCAGGGUCUUGGAGAGGCAGUCGCUGCUGGACAUGGUGAUAGCGCAGAUCCAGGAGAAGCGGGACCAGCCGGGGGUCGAGUUCCUCCAGCUGUGAGGCAGCCAAGGCCCCGAUCCCAGAGCCAGUUUCCCCAGAGCUGCAGAAGAGCAUUCAGAGCCUCACUUGGAGGAGCCAGCAGGU